CAAAGCCACUCACCAGCAGUAAGUUUUGACAUUUUUCUAAAAUGGACGUUUGUUCGCUACUUGGAUGUGAGGGUAAGCCUAAUAAUAAAGCAAAGUUAUUCUUUAUACCUUGUGCUGCCGACAAUCCGACCAACAGCUGUCGCGAAAUACCCGAAGUGAUCCUAUUUCAAUCUUUACUCAACGAAAAUGCUGAUUCAGCCAUUAAAGAAACAAAUGGGACGUGUAAAUUGGUGCAAAUGCCGAGAGGAAUCGACCACGAAUCCAAGAUCAGUCAAGUGGAAACUCACCGUCAACAGAAAAUUUCAAUUUCUAAUUCAACUUUUGGCAUUUUUUUGGUCUUCAAAACAGUUGGCGAAAUGGGCCAUUUCUGGUGGUCACUAGAAACAUACCAGAAUCACGUCGUCAUGCAACGAUCCCGCGACAAAGAUGAAGUCAAGAAUAAAUUGAAAGGGGAAACGCGCCAAGGAACUGAACUCAUUGCCGAAAAAUUGGAAGGCAAAGGUUGUAUGAGACAACUGUUAGCAUUAUUGUGGAUUCACAUGACCAUUGAUUUAAAACACCAACUUUACUUGUCACGUUGCGAGUCAGUCAUCCCGUUGGUCAUUCAAAAAAUCACGAAAAUCAGUUACGAAUACGAGACAGAUUUCACCUAUUCUGCUCUGUCCGCUGAAGAGAGAAACCCAGAUUUGUCAGACAUUAUCAAUUUCUUUUUAAAUGUUUCCAAUUGGCAUCCGCUUGUCGUUGCAACUUAUUUGGGAGACGUCGAAUUACUCGACAGAGUCCAGCAAGACGGGCAGUACAACAUCAACGACAUUUACAGCAGUUUCACUCUGCUCAACCUGGCCAUUCUCUUUGCUAAAACUGAAAUGGCUCAACAUCUUGUGGGGCAACUGAAAGCUGAUCCCACUAGACGCGACGAAAAAGGAAGGAACGCACUUCACAUGGCGGCCAAGUUCAACAGAGAAAGGAAAAUAAUAGAAUUAUUAUUAAACAAAAUUCCCAUUGACCAAUGCGACGCAACAGGAACGACCGCCCUCCACCACGCAAUCAUGACAUCCAACACCGAAAUCGUUCAGUGUUUGUUGGAUAACGGCGCAGAUCCCAAAAAACAGGACCAGAUUGGCCGUUGGCCACUUCAUGUGGCAGCAUUCUACGCAACGGACACGAAGAUCAUCGAUGUUUUAGUGCAGAAGAAGGAAACACUUCAGAAAGAGGAAAGAGUUGAUGUUAACGAUUGCGACAAAUUUGGCGUUACCGCCCUUCAUAAUGCCGCUAUGGCAUCAAAUAGCAAAAUGGCUCGUCAUCUAUUGGCAAAGGGCGCAAAUAUAAACUGCCGUGACAAAAACGGUCUUACUCCACUUCACGUGGCUGUAACAUUUGCAAAGGACAUGGAGCUGAUCGAUUUGUUUCUAAACAACGAAAAGGUUGAUCUACACUGCUGUGAUAAGCUUGGACAAAACGUUAUCGCCUACGCACAGAAAAACACUUACGGAUUACGAGAAAAAAUUAUUGAUUGCUUGAAAGAAAUCGACGGCGGUGUAAUCGAAGAAUAUAAUCUACUGAAACUGGCCAAGUCUGAAAUGCACAUCCCCAUCUGGAAAAGUCUCAUUAACAAUUUAAAUGGUUACUUUAGUAAUAAUACUUUCACUUUUCAGACUUCCCAUCCGUCGGAGCUAUUCUACGUCCCUUAUGCUGACCUCAAACCAGGAAAAGGCAGCGAAAUAUCUGAAUCUGUGUUGAUUUGGUACAUUGCCGACAAAGCAAGUAGGAAACAUCGCAACUUUGCUGAUUCCGAAAUGCCUGGAAGCAUAAAACUUUUAAGCGACAUCGAUCACGAUUCCCAAAUAACAGAAAUCCAAAUUUAUAAUGGAAGAAAAAGCAAUUCAGUGAAGCAUUUGACAAGAGCUUUUUCUUUCGUUUUUAAAACGACUAGCAAAAAGGACGGAGAACACUGGUGGUCCUUGGAGAGGAACGUGAAUUACGUUGUCCUGCAACGAUCUCGUGACACAGACGCAGUCAAAAACAAGUGCGGAGGCAAAAAUCGAAAAGAAGUUGAACCCGAUGUUAAAAUCUUGAUAGAAAACGGGUCGAUUAAGAACAUUUUCCAUCAAAACCCUAUGUUGGAUUUAAAACAUUUCCUUACAAACAUGUAUAAAUGGCAUCCGCUAUUCCUUGCAAUUUAUUUCGGAAAUGCCAGGUUAUUUGAGCGAACCAAGGAAAUGGCAAAAUUAGACAAGGAAUUCACUCUGUUAAACUCGGAGAGAACCUUUUCUAAUCGAAAGGAAAUAGUUUUUCAAGAAAAACAAAAGGCCGACCCUACAACUCGCGAUGUAUCAGAAAGGAAUGCACUUCAAACAGCCGCCAUACACGCAUAUAACGCGGAGGUAUUAGAUUUACUUCUAAAACACGAAAACGUGAAAAUGGACGGAUUUGAAAGAUCUGCACUUCAUUUCGCCGCUAUUUCACCAAAUGUCGAUGUCGCAAAACAUUUGAUCAACACGGGAGAAAAACCCAACUCGUUGGACAGCAAUGGCCUCACUCCACUUCAUUUGGCAGCAUAUCAUUCAGACGACACGGAGAUGAUCGAUUUACUUUUGGAAGCUCAAAAACAAAGUCAAGGCGACGAAAGAAUUGACAAUUUGAAUAAACACGACGGAAUAACUGCUCUACAUAGUGCCGCCAUCGCAUCCAAUGAGAUCACAGCAAAACAUUUGAUCGAAAAGGGAGCAGACCCCAACCGAAAAGACAAAUUUGGUCGCACGCCACUUCAUCUGGCAGCGUUCUUUGCUAAAAAUACCAAAAUCAUCGAUGUCUUCCUAAACAACAAGCAAGUCGACGUCAAUUCCUUGGAUUAUUCUGGACAAAAUGCGCUCAAUUACGCCCAACGUAACCAGUAUGGACAAACUCAGAAAAUAUUAAGUCGUAUGAAGGGCAGCAUGAACAGAGGCAACAAUACUACUGCACUUAACCUUGCCAUUCAAUAUUCCACAGAAAUGGUAAAAUUUCUUUUCAUUUCUGUGUUGCCAUACUCUCUUGUUUUUUAAAUGGUGAGACAGUAGAGUAGAGACCGUAGACAAUUUUUUCUCUUCCAUAUUAAACGUAAUUUUAACUGGCUUUCAUCUUAUAAACUUUCUGCCUUAAAAAUCUAAAAAAUCAAUUCCCUUCGUUUUAAAUGUCCCGAGACAAGUUGAAUAAAAAGUAGCGCAAAUUCCUGAUAAUAGUGGAAGCAAAUCAAAUCCUAACCAAAAUGCUCGUACCUCACUUCAAGUGGCAGUUUCAACACGCAAAAACGGUGCAGAUAAUUGAAAACAAUUCAGAGUAAUGAUCGUGCAAUAAUAAAGGAAAUAACGCCAUCGACUACGCAAGAAAAACGGCUUUAAAAAAAUUAACCAUCGUGCGCCUCGUAGUUGAAUAGAAAAUCAUCGAAAAUUGAAAUCCAUAUCCAUAUCUACUCCUUCCUUUCAACAAUCUUUGGCUUCACCUCUUCAAGUGUCGGAACGCGAACGAACAUCAACCGCAGAUGGACGCAGAUGUUUAAGUGAUUCGAGUGCAUCAAAAAAGAAUCUGCCGCAAAUUGCGAUCAAAAAGAUCAAAAGAAACAUCGAAAUCAAUUUACAGUUAAUCCUGUCGCUGAAGAAGUUUUAGUUUUUCACCAUACCUGUGGGUCGGUGGAUCUCUUGUCGACUGUCCGUCCUCAUAUCAGCGAAGAGUUGGCCAAACUUAAACACCCAUGUGCUCAAUCCGAGCCAGCUGGAUGGGUUGACGAUAGACUCCAUUCCCCAUGAAGAAAUCUAUUAAGAAGUAAACGAGAAGCGAAUGUCAAUUAUAUCGAACUUUUGGCAAACUUGGACUGUCACUUUUAGAUUUCCAAAUUUACGACAAAGAAGAUUCAUCGGGCCAAGGUGUGCUCAUGAACAGAAUAACACGACUGUUGCAGGCGCGAUUGCAGGGUUUCCUUUGUCAAACGAAUCUUAUUGAAACAGGAAAGGUAAUUCGGCAAAAAGAAUGGACUGAUUCGCAUAUCAGCUUGUUUCAUCCAAGUACUUGUGUCAAUUGGUCAAUUUUCCAUGUGAAUGCUGGCCUAACCUUCGAGGAACAACUGAAACAACUAAGGGACAGGUACUAAUCUUUACCGAGGACAUCAAGAUCAUCGAAGCACGAUGUUAAACAGCAAGCAACUCGACGUCAACUCGUUGGACAAUUGUGGACAAAAUGCGCAUUAUUACGUCAAAUCUAACCAGCAUCAUGGACUAACCAAGGGAAAUAGUAAAACGAUUGAAGGAUCCA